AUGAAAUUUACUCCAUUUUUUGGGCUGCUCUAUUUCGCGAAUGGGCUUGGAAUAGAGAUUGAAUCGAUCGAAACUCGAGUUGUUGGCGGAUAUGCAGUUGAUUUAGCCCCUUCUUGGCUCGGCGCUUUGGUGGUAGUUAAUUCUAGAGGAGAGCCAGAUCAGCUGAUUUGUGGAGUUAUUCUUGUCAGCCCUCACGUGGCUAUUACUGCUGCACAUUGCAUAUUCGAAGACACUUCGAUUUACAGAGUUGUGUUUGGUGUCUCAUCGCGGGACGACCUCCCGAAGUCUCCUACGAAAAUAGAAAACCCUGCAAGCAUUAAAAUUCAUCCUGACUACGAGUCGCCUGCUCCCGGUGUUUUGCUAAAUGAUAUCGCAGUGAUUAUAUUCAAAGAAAAGAUCGUCGAGUAUACACCCAUCCGAAUCGCCAAAUUUUUGCCAUAUGGAGAGAACAGUCAGCAAUGCCAAAUCUUUGGAUGGGGAGCAACGGGAAAAUCAACUAAUGGAGUGCUGAGCAAUGGUGACCUCCCACGGCAGCUCCAUACGGCAACUUUAGAAGUUUUCUCGAAUGAGCACUGCCAGAGGUUCUAUUCAGAAUACACGUCCUUCGUCAAUGGCGACAUUCAUUUGUGCGCAGGGAGUGUGAAUGGGAGCGUUGACGCUUGUCGCGGAGACUCUGGAAGUCCUCUCGUUUGUGGUACAGAGGUGGUCGGACUAGUAAGCUGGGGUAUCGGAUGUGGCGAGCCAAAUCUACCCGGCGUGUAUACCAACGUCCUCUAUUAUUUAGAAUGGAUCAACGACAAUGAGAUGGUGAACACUGACACUGGCAUUGCAGAAUGUGCUUGUGGUUUGAGCCGUGCUGACAGAAUCACCAAUAGCCAGAAAGCGAAAACAGACACGUGGCCAUGGUUUGUACUAAUUGCAAAAUCAGACGAGGCUGGGAAUUACCGUCAAGUUUGUGGAGGAACGCUAGUCGGAACGAACUUCAUCAUCUCUGCUGCGCAUUGUUUCGUCUUUGAAGAGAAUGUUUCCGGUUACAACUUCAUCCCUACGCAGCGAUAUCGGUUCUACUUAAAUUUCUAUUCGAAGAGGGAUUUGAGUAAUGCUAGGCUUGCAACGGCAGAGUGGAUCAAAUGCCACCCCCGUUUUUCACAGCAAAAACGAGGAAUCUACAAUGACAUUUGCUUGAUUAAGCUCAAGAAGUCGCUCCCCUGCGAUAGCAAAACGAGGCCUGCUUGCCUUCCGACCAAAACUCCAUCUGAAAAAAAAGUUGGUGGUCUCUCAGAUUUGUUUAGAUCGACUUUAAUUAGAUUUGUUAUGCGGCUGGCUUCGGUGAUUUAA